AUGGCUGCCCUGCGUGAGACGAUAGCCGUGGUCGACAAGUCAGGGAAGGUCGUCAGCACGAGCAAGCAUCUCUUUGGGGUCUUUAAAGAGGCCCGGAAUGCCUAUCGUGAGCGGAAGGCGGAGAUUCUGGCAGAGAAACAGGCAGAAAAGCAGGCCCGGAUCGCAGAACGGGAAGCCCGUCGAGCGAUGGCCGCUCUCGCCAUUGACGACAAGCGGUCCGUGGCUUCGUCGAAGAGGUCUGGGAGAUCGAAGACCGGUCACUCUCGACAUCACCGACACCACGAUCGAGGCCUCCAGUACGAACAAGACCUGCCGCACAUACAACAAUAUGGACGCCGACACACCGCCAAUGACUUGAUGGCCAAGGAGCCAGCUCCCGUUCUCAGUCGGUCCAAGACUGACUCCGUCGAUAUGGACCUCGCCUACGGUGAAGCACACCCCUCCGCGCUGCAGCGGUACGAGCCCGCGGGCGAAGUGGCCGCCAAUUCCUCGGAUGAGGAGGAGCUGCAGGGGCUGGUCGCAAAGGCCAAGAACCUGCUCGAGGAAGCAGAUUGCGUGCAACACAGCGCGAACGCCACGAUUGCCCACUUGCAGAAGAAUCCGGACGCCAUGGCCGCAGUCGCUCUCACCCUGGCGGAGAUCAGCAAUCUCGUCUCCAAGAUGGCGCCGAGCAUUGUCGCCGCCCUGAAAGCCAGCGCUCCGAGCGUCUUUGCUCUCUUGGCCAGUCCGCAGUUCCUGAUUGCGGCCGGCGUGGGGAUUGGAGUGACGAUUGUCAUGUUCGGCGGGUACAAGAUCAUCAAGAAGAUCACGGCCGCGCCCGAAGAUGCGAAUCAGGACGGCAAUGCGGAGAAAGCCAUCGAGACCAACGUCGACGAGUUGAUCGAGUUGCAGGAUGAACACCUGAGCCGGGUGGAGAUGUGGCGACGGGGCGUGGCCGACGCGGAAGCCGAGAGCAUUGGCACGUCAGCGGAUGGCGAAUUCAUCACGCCGACGGCGGCCGCCAUGUCCGGGAUCGACCUGACGACGCCGCCGUCGCCGUCGCGGGUAUCGCGUUCGCGUUCCAAGUAUGAAGACAUGUCGACGGCAUCGUCAAGACGAUCGAGGCAUUCUCGCCGCUCGCGAGCCAGCACGCACGGGGGCGAAGAGAAGAAGAAGCGAAAAGAGAAGCCGCACCGAUCGAACAAGUUGAAAUUGCUGUUCGUGUAG